AUGUCUGCCUAUAGUCCUCGCACCCUCCCCCUGGAGCUCAUUGUGAUGGUCGCGGACUAUUUGGGACCUUUGGAUCUUUUAACUUUGAUUCUGGGCAUUCCCCACCUCGCCCCCCUUCUACAGGCCCGGCAUAUCGAGGCCCAGGAUGAAAAUGGACGCACCAUCUUGCAUCAUAUUGUGGAACAAAGGCUUGAAAACCUUCUUAAUCCCCUCGCAAAAUGGAUCCCACAGAGCUCCAUUCCUGAUAACGGAGGAUGGACGCCCCUUCAUCAUGCCGUCAGAACCGGUGAUGAACAGAUAACAAAAGCACUGGUUUAUGCUGGUUCAGAUAUAUCAGCCAAGGAUAAUAGAGGAAGAACAGCCCUUCAUCUCGCAUGCGACGUUGAUGAAAUUGAUAUUAUGCAGUUCCUACUAGACCACGGAGCAAACCCAUCCUUGACAGAUUACAAUGGACACAUACUCAUACAUGACAUGCGUCGACUAAGCACACUAAUCCUCCAGAAGCUGUGGCGAGCUGGCGCCGUGUUUGACUCCAGGCCAAUGCCACGAGGCUUGACCCCCCUUUUUUAUGCAGCCUGGCUGGGUCGAGAAGACGCUGCCAGGAUCCUUCUUGAGGCUGGAGCAGAUCCUUCAAUCCAAACAGAGAGUGGCGAGACUGUAUUGCAGCGAGCUGUUUCAGGAAACCACAUUAAUGUUGUUCGGCUCUUACUUCAUGUUGGCGUUGAUGUCAAUGUGCGAGAGCUUCUUCAUGGCCAUACAGCCGUGCUCAAGGCUGCAUAUUGGGGAGCAGAUGAUUGCCUUCGACUUCUCGUGAAGGCCGGAGCGGAUGUUUCAGCAGUGGACUAUGAUGGACACAAUGCACUGCACCUGGCAGCUAUGAUGGGCCAUGAGUCAACUGUUAAACUACUUCUAAAGGAAGGAGUUGACACUUCUGCACGAGAUAACCAGGGCCACAUCCCUCUGGACUGCGCCGUUACAAACGAGAAUAAAGGAGUGAUUCAAAUUCUACAAGAUGCGCAUAAGAACACUCUUUUGAAACUCGUGCAUCGAAUAUGCGGCGAAUGUUACUCUAAAAUAAGAAGUGGGAAUGAUUAG